UAACAAUAACGGUAACUGACUUUGCUGGAGUUCCGAUGGACAAACGCCGGAGGAUCUUCCGCCGCCGAUUAUUCUCCGAUCCCCUGCACCUAGCCAACGCCGUCUUCUUCGCUCUUUUCUUUUCUCUCGCUUACUUCCUCUUCCACCGAUUGCGCCACAAGAUCCUCAGCUCCACUCCUCUUCAUAUCCUUUCCCUCUCCGUGAUCGCCGCGCUUCUUUCCAUGCUUGUUUCCCUCAUCUGUCGUCUCGGUUUCUUUGGCAUUGACUUCCUCCAUGCCUUCAUCAACCGCUACUCCCCCCGCGGCUUCCUCGCCGAAGAAGGAACUUAUACUCCUCUUGAUCAUCGACCAUUAAACAAGUUGUUAGAGGAAGAAGAAGACGACUAUGACAUCAUCCAAUCAGUGGUAUCCGGUUCCACGUCUUACGCUCUAGAGUCAAAGCUCGGAGAGACUCUAAAGGUUGUUUCCAUCAGACGUGAAGCUUUACAGAGGAUGACCGGGAAGCACCUUCAGGGUCUCCCUCUUCAUGGAUUCGAUUACGACUCCAUUUUCGGAAAGUGUUGCGAGAUGGCGAUUGGAUAUGUGCAGAUUCCCGUGGGAAUCGCCGGCCCGCUCUUGCUGGACGGCAAAGAGUACAGCGUGGCUAUGGCCACCACUGAGGGUUGCCUCGUGGCAAGCACCAACAGGGGCUGUAAGGCCAUUUACGCCUCGGGCGGGGCCACCUCCUCGUUGUUGAGGGAUGAGAUGACCACAGCUCCGGUUGUCAGGUUCCACACUGUCAAGAGAGCUGCUGAUCUUAAGGACUUCCUGGAAGAUCCUCUCAAUUUCGAUACUCUUGCUGUUGUCUUCAACAGAUCGAGCAGAUACGCAAUGUUGCAGAGGAUAAACUGCGCAAUAGCAGGGAAAACUGUGUAUCUAAGGUUAAGUUGCAGCACUGGCGAUGCAGUGGGCAUGAGUAUUGUCUCCAAAGGUGUCCAAAAUGUCCUUCAGUUCAUCCACGACCACUUCCCUGAUAUGGACAUCAUCAGCAUUUCUGGAAACUUCUGUGGCGACGAGAAACCUGCGGCGGUUAACUGGAUAGAAGGGCGUGGUAAGUGCGUUGUGUGCGAGGCAGUCAUAAAGGGGGAACUGGUGAGGCAUGUGUUGAAGACCAAUGUGGCCGCGCUGGUGGAGCUCAACAUGCUCAAGAACCUUGCUGGCUCUGCCGUAGCUGGGACUCUUGGAGGAUUCAAUGCUCAUGCCAGUAAUAUUGUGUCUGCCAUCUUUAUAGCCACUGGUCAGGAUCCUGCCAAGAAUGUGGAGAGUUCUCAAUGCAUCACCAUGAUGGAGCCAGUUAACCAUGGCAAUGAUCUCCAUGUCUCUGUCACUAUGCCUUCCAUUGAAGUUGGUACAGUAGGAGGUGGCACUCAGCUCGCUUCUCAGUCAGCUUGUUUGAAUCUACUUGGUGUUAAGGGUGCCAGCACAGAUACACCUGGGUCGAAUGCAAGACUCUUGGCUACAAUUGUAGCCGGUUCUGUUCUAGCAGGUGAGCUUUCUCUCAUGUCUGCCAUUGCAGCUGGGCAACUUGUGGAAAGCCACAUGAAAUACAACAGACCUAGCAAGGAUGCAUCUGGAGUUGCCUCCCAACCGAUAAGUGGAAUCAAUGGGCAACCUUGACAUUCGAGAAAAUGGAAGUACAAAAAAGAAUGGGAAGAAAACUUAAGCAAACUAUUUAAAUGAUGAUGACUAGGGACUUGUGUAGUGUCAGAGAGGAGAAUCGAACAGAGAAAACCAUGUGAGGGAUCUCGGGGCCAAGCGGGAAAGAAAUGCCCAGAGUAAAUUAAACGUUCAGCUGUGUGCAAUCUAGAAUCUGGACCACGUGAGAUGGGUCACUUUCCAAGAUGUGUGUAUAUAUAUAUAUAUAUAUAUAUAUAUAUUAGGAAAAGAAAGAAAAAAAACAUAAGAGAAGAUAUGGGGAAGAGUAGCUGGUCUGCCAUGGCCAUCCAUACAAGGUUGUUUUUCCUGUUGUGUCUCACACUGCCACUUCUUGCCGCCAGGUGGCUCCCCAACGUGGCAUAUUUCGUAAUUGCGCACAACAAGUGAACUAAAUCUUGUACACUUUUAGUCUUCUAUUUCAUUUGCUUGUAUGUAUGUCUUCUUUUAGUCUGUCAUAUAUAUGUAUAUAUAAAUUAUAUGCAACUUAAUGCCAUUACCCCUCCUAAGUUGUAAUCUAAAAUAUAGACAUCGGCAGUCACGAAGCAUUAGAAAAGGAUUAAAUGGCAAAACUUCCAGUUUUUCCAAAGUGGGUCGCAGAAAACAGCAAUUGAUAUCAGCAAGCACCAACAAAAGCCAUAACAGAACGGACCAACAAUAUAAUAUCUUUGAGACCUAUGAACAUUCUUUGUCACUACAAGUUUACAAGGUUUUCUGUUAAUGAUGAAAAUCUGGUGUACUAGCUAUAACUUCACAGCAAGGAGCAUUUUCCACAGGACGUAGCUAAGUAAGUGUGUACAAACCUUAACAGGCAUGAUGCUCUACUUAAAGAAAAAAGGAUGUGUCUGCAGUCAAUGCUGAAAUGACU